AUGUCUGCUAUAUCCGUUCCGGACCCUACGCAGAUCUCUUCAUCGAGUGCGUUUUCCCAAUUCUUGAAGCUGCGGGCGCUGCGUUUCUCGAAGAAGAAGAACAAUAAGAAGAAAAAGAGCGCAAAGGGGAAGGUUGCUGGAGAAGCUGUCAAGGAGCUCGAGGUCGAAAAGGAUGCAACCGCAGAGAAUGGUGAUGGGGAAGGCGAAGAGGAUUCGGAGCUCUCUGCGGUGAAUACCCCCUGCGAUGCGCAAUUCCUGGAAACUGUGAGGCCACAGCCGAAUGGCCACAGCCAUGAAUCAACGAGCAAUGGCCAUGCUGUUGAGAGUCCGGUAAAAUCAUCGAGCCAGGAGAACAAUGCGCAAUCGGAAGCAAACCAGGCCAAGACCGCAGAUGCCAGCUCCAGAUUUGAAGCCAUGUCACAAGAACGGGAGGCUUUACGUAUCGAGGUGGAGCAAUUGCGGAAGUCGUUGGAGGGUAUACAAGGGAAGCACUCCGAGGAGAUAUCCGCAAUCAAAGACCAGCACGCCGAACAACUGUCAAAUAUUGAAGCGAAACACACGGAUGAGGUAUCCAUAAUUAAAGGCCGGCAUGAGGAGGAGGUCUCUACAAUCCGAGCCGAGCUUGAAGAGACCGAGUCUGCGAAGGACCAGGCAGAGACGCAAUACCAGUCCCUCCUUGGGCGUAUCAACACGAUAAAAUCGAGUCUGGGUGAAAGAUUGAAGGCAGACAAGCAGGAACUUGCCGAGGCCAAGGACCAAAUCGAAGACCUUGAGUCACAGAACAGAUCCCUCCAAAACAAGGUGGCUAGGCUUGAGAGCGAAAUCAAGCGGUUGGAGCGGGAAGCUCAAGAGAGCUCGAAGGAGCUCUCUAGCCUGCGUAAUCGACAUAACUUGUCCCAGCAAAACUGGGUUAAUGAGCGAGAAGACUUUGUGCAGCAGACAAGACAGUUAAGGGACGAGGCUGAAGCUGCCAAAGAGGCUAUGGGAGAUUGGGAGGUUCUCGCACUGGAGGAGAGGUCAAUGCGGGAAGGUUUGGCUGAGAGGAUCAAGGAUUUGGAAGAACAGUUUUCCAUACAAAAAGAGGCAUACGAGGAAGCUGUGUCCGAAAGGGACAGCCAGUCGUCAAACCUAGAAGGCUUGCAAAGAGCCCUGAAGGAAGUACAAGAAUCUCGCAAGCGAGAGCUCCGAGAGAUGGUAGAGUCCUACGAAGAGCAGCUUCAGGGUCUCAAGAAAACUCUUCAAGAAUCUGAUUCUCGAGCCACCGAAGCCGAAGCAUCAAAGGGUGCUAUGCAGACUGAGCUUGAGCGACUGGUACCUUUCGAGAAAGAGAUCAAGGAGAAAAAUCUUCUGGUCGGAAAGCUGCGGCAUGAAGCCAUUAUUCUGAAUGAUCACCUGACGAAGGCAUUGCGAUUUCUCAAGAAAGCGAAGCCGGAGGAUAACAUCGAUAGGCAAAUCGUCACCAAUCACUUCUUGCACUUCCUAGCUCUCGACCGCUCAGAUCCAAAGAAGUUUCAAAUCCUGCAAUUGAUAGCGUCUCUGCUGAAUUGGACUGACGAGCAGAGAGAGCAAGCCGGUCUCGCAAGACCAGGCGCGUCGAACAGUAGUCUACGCUUGCCAGUAUCAUUUCACCGUACUCCAAGUACCCCUUCACUGUCCUCGGAGUUUUAUAAUGAAUCUGCUGCCAACAAGGAGUCAUUGGCAGAUCUGUGGACGGGCUUUCUCGAGAGAAGUGCCGAAGAAGGCUCUGCUACCGGUAGUAGGAGUGGCAGUGUCAGUAGCUCGACCGUGCGUCCGGAUACGAAAGGUGGCGAUGGGUCAUCGAGAGGGUAA